UGGCGGCGCUCCCAGCGCAAUCCCAAGCGCUGGAGCCGGGCCGGAAGAAGCCGCCUGCUGGGCAGAGGAAUGAGAGCCGCUGAGUGGCGGCGGCGCAUCACGUGAGCGUCCCGGUCCGACUCCAGCGGCAAUCUAACCUUUUCCCUCUCCCGGAGUGGAGUGCGAUUCUCGACGGCUGCUCAGCGUCAUGUCCCACCAGACCGGCAUCCAAGCUAGUGAAGAUGUCAGAGAAACCUUUGCAAGAGCCAGAAAUGGACACUACCGAUUUUUAAAAAUUGUCAUUGAAAAUGAACAGCUUGUGGUGGGAUGUGCUGGACAACCUGAUGAAUCUUGGGAAAAGGACUAUGAUUCCUUUGUUCUUCCGCUCCUAGAAGAUAAGCAGCCAUGUUAUAUACUGUACAGAUUAGAUUCUCAAAAUGCCCAAGGAUAUGAAUGGAUCUUUAUUGCAUGGUCGCCAGACCAUUCUCCCGUUCGUCAGAAAAUGUUGUUUGCUGCUACAAGGGCAACUCUGAAGAAAGAAUUUGGAGGUGGACAUAUUAAAGAUGAAGUAUUUGGAACAAAUAAGGAUGAUGUUUCCUUGAAUGGAUACCAAAAAUACUUGAUUACUCAGUCUUCCCCUGCUCCUCUGACUGCAGCAGAAGAAGAGCUUCGACAAAUCAAGAUCAGUGAGGUACAAACUGAAGUCAGUGUUGAUACUAAGCAUCAGACUCUCCAAGGGGUAGCAUUUCCUAUAGCUAAAGAAGCCCUCCAGGCACUGGAAAAAUUGAAAAACAAACAGCUUAACUAUGUGCAAUUGCAAAUUGAUAUGAAAAAUGAAAUUAUCACUCUGGCUAAUACACUGCCAACUGAACUGAAGGACCUGCCGAAAAGAAUUCCAAAGGAUUCUGCACGAUACCAUUUUUUUCUCUACAAACAUUCCCAUGAAGGAGACUACUUGGAAUCAAUAGUAUUUAUCUACUCUAUGCCUGGCUAUAUGUGUAGUAUACGAGAACGGAUGCUAUAUUCCAGCUGCAAGAGUCCUCUCCUAGAAAUCGCAGAAAGACAGCUGUGGAUGCAGAUCAUCAGAAAGAUUGAAAUAGAUGAUGGAGAUGAGUUAACUGCUGACUUCCUUUAUGAAGAAGUUCAUCCCAAACAGCACGCGCAUACACGGAAUUUUGCUAAGCCAAGAGGUCCUGCAGGAAAACGAGGCAUCCGAAGGUUGAUCCGCGGUCCAGCUGAAACGGAAACACCUACUGACUAAACUCCACAAGUGCACUGGGAACAAAAGCAUUACAACAGCAGGUGGGCAGGGGGACACACACCCCACCCUUUAAUAUUGAACUGAAAGCAUUCUACAUUGAUCUUUUCCAGGAGGAAAAAGAAUGUCUUGUGACUUUCCACUGCACUUGUCUGGCUAUGUCACUUUAGAUUUUGUAAUUUCUACGGCCUGUGGUUAUCAUGCAUUAGUUUAAAACUCAAACCAUAGCUUGUAUGAUUCUUCCUAAUCUGAAUGUAUCGCUGCUUGGUAAUUUCUGUUAUAUAGGGCUCGAUCCAAAGGUUCCCUUCCCUGUGGGAGGAGGAGGAUACUUUUUGGAUCGAACCCAUUGAUUCCACAUUAGUUUGCAGUCAAUUUUAGUUAAUACAUAAAAUAGAUAAAAUUAGUUUGAAAAUUCUUAGUUAACUUUAUUACCUCCUUCUCAUGGAGAGCUGCUGCUGCUUAGAAUAAAAAUGAUCAGUAAAAGGCCCGUAUCUCUACUUUCUCCACCACCCAGCUCCCACUUCUUUCAGUCUUCUAGUAAGUUCCUAAACUUUAACUUGUAAGCAAGUCCAUUGUUCCAAGUCUUUGCAAGUUUGAAACCUAGUUUCUUUGCAGGAGUCCAGAGCUAGAUUAUUUGUAGCCUUUUAAUAACAUAUUGCUCACUCUCAUUCCAAAAGAAAUCUGACCUUGAGACUUUGUAGUUUUUUCAUUGGGUCUUUCAAUAAGGUUGAGUUCUCAAUAAUCAAGAAAACACUACAUGUAGCAUGAUUCUGUAAAUGACACAUUGGCUAUGAAAUCAGAGCACUUUUUUGAAAUCUACACUAUGGGAGCUGUCAUUGAUUGUUCAUACGGACAUGGUUGAGAAAUGUCUUCUAUAUCUGUUAAAAUAAAGAUGUUCUCAAGGCAA